GUUACAAUUAAAAAUUUCUUUCGGCUUGAAAAUAUCUUCCUAAAAAUCGACGAUCACGUUUGAAAUUAUUCCUAUAAAUAAUUUGAAUUUAUCAAUCUAAUCUAAACAAUUGAAUAUCUAAUAUCAAAAAUUAUGACAUAUUCCAAUCAAAAUUUCGUAAUGUCUUCAACUUUCUAGGAACAUGGAAAUUCUUUAUAAAAAAACUUACGUAAUCUUUUUAGACCCGUGAAAUCUAUAAGAGACAUCGACAUCAUUAUUAUCGUCGCGUCGUCGUCGACGUCGUCGUCUUCGUCGUCGUCGUCGUCGUCGUCGUCGUCGUCAUAAUCAUCAUUAUUAUCGCGGAAGAUGAGACACCAAGAUUUCUAAAAGUUCAGCGAAGAAAAUCGAAUGACAUGGCGACUAUGAGAAAAGAGAGUUACUCAUCCAGCACGUUUCCACGUAAGAACAGUGAGGAAAAGGAGAGAGAGAAAGAGGAGAAGCAGAAGGUAGAAGAGUAGAGGUAUAACCGAGCUAUCCAAAUAAUCUCUAGUGAACACGAUCGACCGGUUCUUCCUCGAAACACGACGUUACCUUUACAGAUGAGUUCGAGGCUUUACGAAGAAUCAACGUCUUCGGACCUAAUGUAAUAAAGUUCUCGAGGAAACAUCAUAGUUCCUCUCGAAGAUAGAAGAGUUAGGAGAUCUUAAAGCUGCCAAGAGAAGAUCGUUUAGGAAGAGUUAAAACUAAACGUCUUUACACAGUCUCUACAUACUUCUUAAUCUUCUUAAUCUCAUUAACUUCUUAGUAUAAAAAGAUUAAAGGAAAGAAAAAGAAAAAAUGGAUCGUUACGUAACAACUUAUCAAAAAGAUUAUACCUGGCCAUACCCAAUGAAAAAAACACCUAAAUUAACAACGGGCAAAGCUGACGUCUUUGUAAUAGGUCCUUGCACUUGUGGCAUGGAUCCAAAAGAUCUUAAAGUACCAAAAACGUAUGGUGAGAAAUACGAUUGGAGUCGUGUGGGUCCAAUGGGACCACUUUUGGAUCCCAAACUAUAUCCUGCUAAAACUGGUCCUAGUCCUGAAACGGAUGAGACGCGAUUUGGACAGCCAGAUGUUUAUUUGAAAAAGCUAGAAGAAAAAUACCCUAAUCUCUAUGGAGUUAUACAAACAGGACCAGCUCAAGAAACAAUUAUGGAAGUUGAGAAGGAUAGAAUGAUGACAACAUACAUGACUGAUUAUGGCCGGGAUAAAAAGUUGAAUGGGAUAACGAAAACCGACAAUAUAGAAGUUUACCAGCCUGUUGAAAAAAUGAUUAAACGUGAUUGCCGCCCUCACAUUCGACCUCCGCUAGUAAAAUUUGGAAGUAGUCUGGAUCGAAAUGGCAAAAAUGGAAUCUCUGGUAAUGGAAAACAUAGUAAAAAAUCGAAUGACGUGGAUGGAUCGGAAGUACGAAUACCGCCAUGGAGAUCAGAGUACCAGGACAGUAUCAGCAAAGUAGGACACGCUAUAAUGAAAUACAAACUGCAUCAACCUCAAAAGCUCGCAUUAACAAUUAGUACAGUUUAUAAAUGAUCACAAAAACGAUGAACAAUAAAAAAUUAUUAACAAUUAUAAUAAA